GCACUUGUCGGGAAAGCCGCCCUCGCAGCUCCUACCCUUCCUCGUUGGAUGGCGACUCCUCUCAGUGCCGCGGCUGUAACAACACACACAAAUGCACAUACGAAUACUGACCUGCCUUUUGUUAACGUGUUUUAUCAGCUGGGACUUAAGGACCUUCUGAUCAUAGGGAAAAGGGUUGCUGAAUAUAUUAGAAACGUGAAAGAAGACUGUUAUUCAGAUUAUUUUGUCGAAUAUUCCUGCCUGAAUUGAAUACAGGAGGUAAAUGAGUGAUCUUUGUUCAGAAAAAAGGAAAUGGUAUCGUUUGCUCCUUUUCAAUCGAAAUAAGUUCCAUUCAAGACACCAAAUGGGAGAGCAGGUGAAUGAGAGACAAGAAUGGUACAAAUCUAUCUUUAGAGCAGCUGAAUCCACUGGUCAAAGGGAAGAGAAUCAUGAAAACGAACCAUCUACGUCCAACCACCACACGUGUCAUCGAACAGUGCCAGUUGCUCAGAGUAAUGAAUCUAAAUCUGUGAAGUCUAUCAUGAAAAACCCUCAUACGAGGUCACAGAUGGCUACCUCCACGGUUACAUUCCAAGUACCAGAAACAGUGGAAGAAACUGAUAGAAGACCCAAGAAACUCAAGUUUCAAGAUAGAUGUAAGAGAUUCAGUAACAGUCCGAUUUUCGGGCUGAUUCUGUUGGUGGUAUUUGGAAUCCUGCUACCUUGUAUUGUAAUUUAUGUAGCAUUGUAUUAUUUGAACAAGAUCAGAACGCAAACGAUUCAAUUUAAGCAAAUAAUUAACUAAUGAAAGAGGAAUAAAAAUAUUUCAAAUUAAA